AUGAAACCAUCUAAACUGCAAGAUCAUCUGAGAAGAUGCCACCCUGAUAAAACAGAGAAAGAUUUGAAAUACUUUCAAACACUCAAAGAUAAAUUUCAGAAGAGAUCUACACUGGACAGAAUGUUCGCUUCGACGUCACAAAGAAAUGAUGAUGGUUUGCGGGCGUCUUACAAUAUCUCGUUACUUAUAGCAAAAUCCGGAAAACCGCAUACUAUCGGAGAGAAGUUAAUUUUGCCAGCUAUUGAAGAGGUUUUAAAAACUGUUUUACACAAACCUGCAUCUGAUAUCAUUAAAAGAAUUCCCUUAAGCUACAAUACUGUUGAAUGA